CUAAGCGUUUUAAGACGCCAUUACAAAUAGACUUGACAGAUUGGUUAAAAGAUAUAUGAUUCAAGUGACGUCAUUUGGAAAAGUGUCGAUCAUCGAUUCAUACGUGCGAUUUAAGGAUCUUUAAAUUUCAGUUUCGAGAUUUCUUGAUCAACUGAGUCACAGAUUUCAGUGGAUUUCUUGUACAGCUAAUCCUAUAAGGGUAUAUCGUGAAGUAUUUCUACUAUGCCUACAAAGUUAUUCUUCUCAAUAAGCAUUCCACUGGUUUUGCUGUUCGCAAUUCCUAGYACAUAUGCUUCGCGAUGCAGUAAAAAAAUGGAGUCAAUUUAUGGCAAAGCACUAGUGAAUCAUACUUACAACACCAUCGAGGCAGAUAAUUUAGGAGACUGCUUGAUGCGCUGUGCCCAAGACUUCUCAGAUAAAUGCCGUAGCACCAACUGGGAUAUCAUGACCAGCAAGUGUGAAUUAAACAAUGCAAAAUAUGAAGACCACAAAGUCGAUUUGAUGGACAAGGACGCAUCGGUAUACAUGACCUCUAUUGUCACAGGACAAUCUGUACUCAUGACCAAACCAUCCAUACCAACCGAGAAAAAAAACGCGGCCAAGUCAUGCCAAGAUAUUUUACAAAGUGGUAGAUCAAUGGGGGACGGGGAGUACUCCAUCGAUCCUGAGAGCACAGGAAACCCAAUCAAAGUUUACUGCGAUAUGUCAACAGAAGGCGGUGGAUGGAUUCUAAUAAAAAACCGAACAUUGUCAACGCCAGUUCCAUCUAUUGCCCUUACCAAAUCCGACGAUUACCGCGAUAUCUCCAAACACAGCCAGUUAGACAUGUACCUGUCAAUCAAGGCACUGAGUAAACUACGCACUGUUAUUGGUGCAAAGCAGUUAAGGUGGUUUUGUACUAAGAAAAGGGACGGAAGCAGGAUAUUCCAUGUGAUGACUAAGACAAAUACAGAAGGGACCAAGGUGUUUGAGUACUUCACAGACAGCAGCAAGACAUACCGUACCGCCUGUGGAUCAUUUGAUAAGCUUGCAGACGAUAACUCAAUGUUAUCCCAGAAUUGUAGGAGUUGGGGAAAAGACGGUGAUAGACUAAGGGUCGACAAAUGGAACUGGGAAGUCAAUCAAGAUAUGAGAAUAUUUCGCAAUGUGGCACGUUGGGAAAAUAACUACGCCUUUGGGAUGUAUAAGGAUGAAUUUAGCUGUGACGACCAAUACAAUUCAGCCAAGAGCACUGUAUCUACUGGUGAUAGGUGGCUUGUUUAUAUCCGAUAAACUUCGAAAGGCCAACUUAUAUCCAUAUUUGCGCAAAAUCUUGAAAUCGGGAAACUGCAAAGCAGAAACCACCCAAUUUGUGUUUGCGGUAGCCUCCUCCCCAGGGCUCCCCAGCCAACUCUUUUUUCCUCCUUUGGGCUUUCUUUGCAACGGUCAUUUUGGCCGUUAGGGACUAGUGUCGAGAUAGGAAAAUAAAAAAAAGACAGGAAGCCCGUGCUUGUUUAUGAUGCCUGCGGACGAGGCUAUGUUGCAGAUGGUUCUUUAGGGACGGUCCAUUUGCUGUCUUGUUGCAGUUGUUUCUUUAGGGACGGUACAUUUGCUGUCUUUUAAAAACUGGGUAUACAUUUCACCCGACAUGACCAGGCUCUAUACAAUUUAGAUAAAAUCCGAUAUGAUUUUUUUGUGUGUCUUGAACAUAUGGUAAUUUCUUCAACCAAAAAAUACCAUAGAAAUAGUAGGAAUACCGUUUCACUGUACUAAAGUCUUAUUGACUUUGAUGGAUGUAAAUAUAAUUUCAGUUUUGAUAGUAACGGGCUGUUCAAAGCCGAUCUCUCAUGCGUUAACGACAAGGCUUGAUUAAUUCAGUGAUUUUUGCUUCUGAAGAGAUCUUUUAACCAUGUUUAUCCAGGUUUAAGUGAAGAUGAAAAUCUUCUCUCAGACAUAUAUAUAUAAUUAAACGCACAACCAUAUAAAAGUUACUUCAACCUAAACUUUUAUUUAUACUUAGUCAAGCUUUCAAGAUGUUGUUUUGUAAACUGUGACGUUUUUUCAUCACUAGUUUAUUUUAAUGGCUCGUUGAGCUGAAAGACAGACUAAAGUAAAAAAAAUUUUUAAUAUGUUGAAGUAACGUUUAAAUCAUUAUGAAUCGACUGACCUACAGUCAUCUAUUUGUUAUAUAAUUAAACACCUCCACAUUUUUUUGCA